ACUAUAGCAAAGCAGAUUUAGAGAAUUUCCCGUGCAAAAGAACAGUUACUAUUAAUAAUAUUAUGGGACAUCAUCACUGCUGCAAAGAACGAAAGGUGAAGAGAGGCCUGUGGUCUCCCGAGGAAGACCAAAAGCUCAUCAGAUACAUCACUGCUAAUGGCUAUGCCUGUUGGAGUAGAGUUCCUGAGAAAGCUGGGCUUCAAAGAUGUGGCAAGAGCUGUCGAUUUAGAUGGCUAAAUUACUUAAGGCCUGAUAUCAAACGAGGGAGUUUUACUCCUGAAGAAGAGAAAUUGAUCAUUUCCCUUCAUGGGGCUCUAGGGAACAGUUGGGCUCAUAUAGCAAAAUACCUGCCGGGAAGAACAGACAAUGAGAUAAAAAACUACUGGAAUUCAUGGAUUCAAAAGAAACUAAAUGAUCAAAAGCCUUCUUCUCCUCCAGUCUCUACUAGCAGUACUAAUGACGACUCCAAAAUGGCAGCCGGCGCUGAUCGGAGACGUCGAAUCAACUUUCGGAUUAUUUCUAAUCAAGAUCAGUCUGCCAAUAAUCACAAGGCUCCAGUACUACUUCCCGAAACCACUCAAAACAUGUUUGGCACUGCUGCAGAAAUGUUAAACAAACUGGAAUACAGUGAUCAGCAUCAAGCGCGAGCUAUUUGUAAUGAUCAUGAUCAGCCAGCUUGUGCAGCGUCAUCUAGACUUGUCACAGGCUGUUUGGAUACAAAUUCUAUGGAAGCCUUGACAGCACAGGCCGAGGAUGACCUUGUUCCGGCACUAGAAUUUCAAUUCCGUACGACCGUGAGUGAAGAAGGCCAUCGUGAUGAUGAUCAUCAGCAAAUCAAUGAAUUGGUUGAUUGUAGCCCCUUCAAUAAUAUCAGCACUCAAAAAGUCAUGUGCUUUGGGGACUACAGAUAUUUUGAUGAAGAAUCACUCCCUCCUGGUGGGGCAAGUUCUUGGAGCUAGCUGAUUAUUAGCUAUGUAAAUUUUCAAUUAUAAUCUUCAUUUGCAAAAAAGGAUCAUGAUAAUAAUAACUGUCUCUCUCAUGACUCAUCUCCUUCUAUAUAUUCUUCUUUUGCCU